CCCCUCUGACGUCAUCAGGCCGCUCCGGUGCCUGUGCUCCGCGCGCUGCUUCUCCCGCAGAGACGCGCCAGCGCACGGACGGAGAGCAGCGGUUGCGGCGCUGUAGCAUUAGCAUUAGCUCCUUCUUCUUCUUCUUUCUUCUUCUUGCCUCUCUUUCCUCGGCCGCUCGGAGGGGGGGUGGGGGAGACUCGGGGCUCACGCGCACGAUCCUCGGGACUGAAUGUGCGCAGCAGAUAAGGAGGCGCGCACAGUUUUUUUCUGAGCUGUUCCUGCAACAACCAGACGAUGUCCGACGCCGCUAGCGCUCCUUCCGCAGACAGCAGCGGAGACUCCGGGCUGAACGGGUCCUGGGUGGAGUUGGAGAUGAACAGAGUUGCGGCUAGCUUGGCCCAGUCGUCCUCCACAGGCGGCCUGGCCCCGGACCUGCUGCCCCUUCCUCAGGUGGAGGAAGAGGAGGCCAUGGUGGGGGGGCUGGAGCACGUCCCGUCCUCGUCCUCGAUCCACAACGGAGACAUGGAGAAAAUCCUGUUGGACGCCCAGCACGAGUCCAGCCGCAGCAACUCCUCGUGUGACAGCCCUCCACGACCUCACAGUCCCCAGGACGACGGACAGAUCAUCUUCGACGUGGACGUGACUGGCAGGAGAGACAGCCAAGUAAGCGCCUCACGGGCUCUCCAUCAGUCUGUUGCCAUAGCAACCCUGUCUACUGGCGCUGAAGUGGUUUGUUCAGAAGAGGACGUCUUGGACAAGGAGAGGGACAUGGACAUCCUGAUGAAGGACGCAGAUUGGGUCGCGGAUUGGUCCAGUCGACCGGAAAACAUUCCCCCCAAGGAGUUUCACUUCCGUCAUCCUCGCCGCUCGGUAACGCUCAGCAUGAGGAAGACCGGGGCCAUGAAGAAAGGAGGCCUCUUCUCUGCCGAGUUCCUCAAAAUCUUCAUCCCCUCGCUGCUGCUAUCACACAUCAUCGCUCUGGGGCUGGGGGUCUACAUUGGAAAGAGGUUGACCACGCCACCGGCCAGCUCCUUCUGAGGCUCCGACUGAAGAGAAGUGCCUGACAAGUGGCCAUGAGUUUGGGUUUUUUUUGGGGGGGGAGAGAAAGUUUUGCUGUCGUGAAAAGAACGAACGCCCGUCUCUCCUCCCUCUGUCCCGCCUGCUCCCCCUCCUCCUCCCCGAGAUAUGAUGUGUUCCCUCCCUCCCGCCCUUCUUCGGCUGUUCUCUGACUCUGGAUACCCCUCCCUCUUCUGUCCCCCCCUUUAUAUCCUUCAACCGUUUGUAUAAGCUUUUCGAUGAAUGAAUAAGGUCAUAGUUCCCGUUUCCUCCGGUGAUCGUGUUCAGAUGUUUUUAACGGGUGGGUUUCCAGGGAGGGUUUCGCAGCAUUUUAUCAAACUCUUCCACGACACACACUGACCCAUCGAUCGUCUGACAACAAGGGAGGAUCGUCCAGUUUCAGGACUGACCACAGAUUGUGCCACAAAGUCGCCCGACGCUCGACCCCAAGAAAAGGGGUUCGACCGAAUUCAGAGUCGGCAAACUGAAAAUGUGACGUUGCCUUUUUGAAAGUAGCCAUUUUGUUCAUCUUCUUUAAGGUAUUAUUGCCUUUUCUUUUUUUUUUAUUUAUUUCACAACAGCGGUGGUUUAUUGAGAAGUUGUAAUGAAAUGGAGUUACCACAGUGGCCAUCACGAACCACGGGCGCUCAUCAAUUGCACUGGGGCGGGGGGGUAGUCCGAGGCUCUAGAAGAGAGAGAUUUAUACGACACUUUUUUUUUUUGUGACAGAAAUUCAAAUAGAUUUGAUUCUGCAGCCAAAGUGAGAAAAACUGGAAUCCAGUGUGUGUCCCUCUCAGUGUGUAUACUAACAGUGUUGUGUGGUUGGGUUUUUGGGUAACGGAGAUGUUUGGUCCAGAAGAGGUUCAGUCGCUUGUCCAUCCUGUUCAAGUGAGACGUCUGGUCCGAGCCGCUCGCUUCCGUCGUACUUCUACUCCACGUCGGGCUGGAUAUUACUGAGCUGUGUUCUUUUCAUUUAGAUUUUAAAUCAUUUGAAAGGAUAUGAUCCCUAAAAGUUUGAAAACGUGAAAUAAACAGGUCAGACUUGUGUUCAUGAUUUGUUUGCCUGAUUUUUAUUUUCUUAUAAUGACAUAUUACUUGUUUCAUUAUUGAGUAAAAAGCUCCAUUAAUAGCUAGCCCUGCUUCCUCACACUCCGUCACGUUGUUUGACGAUGAUGAUGAUGAUGAAUGGAUCUGACUGAGUUUUUGGACGGACGGUCUCGUCUUCCUCGAGUGAAGCCUCGACUUGUAACUGACUGAAGGAAAGGUCGUCUCAGUGCUCGACCGGCAUGUCCGCUGAGGACGAGAAGCUUGAUAUCAGACGUCGACUUCGCUGCAGUAUCUCUGAUGCUGCACCUCCCGUAGACCAGACCGGGUUCAAACAAUAUUUGAUUUAGAUUUGUCCUGAAAUCCACCAGCAGCCUGUGAGAGACAGAUUUUCACUCAUUCAGGGUAUAAUUAAGUUAAGAGAGCAUCAUUUCUUUUGACUUAAAUUUGAGUUCAAGUUGUGAAGCUCAACAUUCUGUUUGUAAAUGGACAUUUGCCUCGUCCCCUUAUUUAAAUAAACGAGCAUAUUAUUGUCAAAGUUCCAAGAGAAGACGAAAAAUGCCUACGAAACCUCAGACUGCUGAAGGAACAUUUUUAGUUCAUUGUCAGAACUCGAUCUGGAAGCUUAGGAUGUAAGAACUGACUUUACUCAUCAACAGCUGCCUGAUGCGUUACAGUGACACGUGGUGACCCUGCAGGCUGACUCGAGGCGUGUGGCCAUCUCUAAUAAAAGGCCCUUUAUCCACCAGCAGUGACCGUGUUGGGGCGGUGACCUUUCUCUCAUCUUCUCCAUCUCAGCCGCAGAGAUACUGCACUUUUUUGGGGGGUUUUGUUCUUUUCAUGUGCGACAUCAAUGUUUCUGUCUGUGUUCGUACGUGCAGCAUCUGGAAUUGUGAGUUUUUCUGUCCAGUUUUAGUUUUUCCCGAGCUCGUGAAUGCACAGAGCGGGAGCCGAGACACGUUUUGAAAAAAAAUAAUAAGGUGUGAACAUUACAAACCCCCUAUUGUUGAUGGCAGGGCCUGAUGUGAAUGUGAAUGUGAAAAUGAAGGUGCGGAAAGACUAGUUAUUGUAAUGAUGCAUUUGCUUUGAUUUUUCUUUUUCCCAUUACAAUGAAAAAAAGAUAAAACAUUUUGUCAUUAAACGUAACCUGAAGCUA